CUACUCCACCACUCCACACCCCCUUCCCUCCCUCGAUCUCGCUCCCUCGCUCGCAGGCCACACCACCUCUCCCGCUCCCUCGGCUCCAAGGCAAGCGGCGACCGGCGGACCGGCGGGUAGCGACCCAGCGACCGAGCGAGCAGCGGCAGCGAUGGCGGGGAAGUCGCACACGCACAAGGCGUUCCUCCUCUGCAACUACGUGCUCCUCGGCGCGGCCUCCAGCUGCAUCUUCCUCACGCUCUCGCUGCGCCUGCUCCCCUCCCCGUGCGGCCUGCUCCUGCUCUUCCUCCACGCGCUCACCGCCGUCUUCUCCGCCGCGGGCUGCUCGGGCUCCUUCACGGCGCCCGCCACGCCCGCCCAGUGGCACAACGCGCAUACCGCGGGGGCCGCCCUCACCGCCAUCUUCCAGGGCGCCGUCGCGCUCCUCGCCUUCACCCGCACCUCCGACUUCCUCGCCGAGCUCCAGUCCUACGUCCGCGACGAGGACGGCGCCGUCAUCCUCAAGAUGGUCGGCGGCCUCGGCACCGCCAUCUUCGUCCUCGAGUGGGCCGCGCUCGCGCUCGCCUUCUCCCUCCGCCUCGACGACGAGGACGACGACGACCUCCAUGCCAAGAACUGGCAGUCCUACAAUGUCUGAUUGAUGCGAUCAGCAGCUGGUGCCUGGUGCCCUGGUGUGGUGCUGCCACACAGUUGCGAGCGCGACCGAGCUCAGAUUUGAGGGAGAUUUGUUGAUUCUUUGCGUGAUGUUCUAGAUGUGUUGUUGCUCUCAUUCUUUUGUACUACUAUGUACUAUUGCUGUCAACUAAAAAUGUCAAAGCAAAUAUAUAUUGCUUUUGCUGCCA